AUGAAUCAGCAGGGCAACAUGGUCCUAGGCCCCAAGCCGACCAAGGCAUGUGUCAACUGCCGGAGACUUAAGAUGAAAUGUGAGGUCUCAGGAGCACCUCCUUGCCGUCGUUGUCGACACACUCAGACGGCGUGUGUUUUUAAGCCCCGAGCUAAUGCAUCUGCAUUGCACGAAUCGGUCGAAGAGGCUCAAAGUGACCAUUCGGCGACUCGUCCAUCGGUGUAUGAUCAGCAGUCAAUUCUUGAUCGACUGGAUCGAAUCGAGAUCGCACUGGGAAUCACCCAGGAAACACCUGAAGAGGCUCUGACCACCCAAAGUUUAGACCUCGAUGAUGAUACAGAUUCUCUGCCGUUACGUGGAGUCUGGAAUGCUGUUGCUCACUUAAGGGCUAUGGCUCACCCUGUACCAGAUGAAAGCGUCUGGUCUCGACCAAUUGUGAAACAACUGUGGAGCUCAUUCUUGAACAACCUGCCACUCCUUCAUUUCUUGAAAGACCAGGACGCAUUCGCUAAGCCAACACCAUUACUGCUUGCUUCCGUGCUUUACAUUUCUGCCCUUCAUCACCAGUCAUCUGAGUUGGGUGCGAUGGAAUCGGGCUAUUUUGCAGCUACAUGCAGUGCAAUUGCGGAGCUCGUGACACCUCGCGUCAGACCAGACUCUUUCGUCAGAGAUCAAUUUCGUGCGGACGGAAAGUGGGCGGCGUCUGUGCAAAGCAAGAAGGAUAAGGCAUUCCACAAUAUAUUGGGCCUGAUAAUGGCAAGCCUGAGCUCCGAAGCUUAUAUUGAUGCUACCGGGUCAUGGAUUGCCAUCGCAUAUCGCAUCUGGCUGGAUCAUUGUCCAUCUGAAUUGGAUCAUUCCACACCCGAUUGGCGGGGGCUGUUUUCGGGUCUUCAGGUUAUUGAUAUUGAACACGCCUCGAUGCACAUGUCCUAUCCUCUGCUUCCUCGCCAGCCACCCUCACCCAGCAUCCAACGACUGGAUAGCCAACAACCGAAUGCGUUUCAGGGUCUCGCUGACAUGAUGCACUAUGGCUUGAGUCAUUUUGUUGGCAGAGGCCUGCCGACUAUUUGGUGCUCAAUAAACGAAGACCUUUCUGGCCAUACCCAUAUUUCCCAGUCUUCAUUUACUGAGCACGAUUCUGAGGUCAUCCGGCUUUGGGCACGUAAGCUAGAUGACUGGUUGGUAUUAUACAAUGGGGCAUCUCAACCCACCCCUUCGGAUCGACAGGGGAUCCUGAUAUUGCUACAAUAUCAUCUGCACAAGCUUUAUGUCUUGUCUAUUUACUAUCCUGCUCGAGGCUUUGAUCUGAGCUCCGCAAAUAUUACCCCGGUUGAAAGACACGAAUUACUUGUUUCAGCAAGGACUGUAUUGAGGCUACGGCAGGAUGAUGCUAGCAUUUGGUCCAAUUGGGAUCUGAUCAUGAUCACAUGGGCUGCUAUUUUACUUCUUCGUGGUGUGGAGGAUGGUAUGACGCAUCAAGACGACCUUCAUCUCAUCCAAGCACAUUUAUAUAGCUUAAAACGAAGCCAUCAGUCCGCAGCCAGCAUCCAUACUGUUUUAUCCCAGCGCCUCGAGUCCAGCAUGCAAGCAAUGAAUACGCCGCCAGAUACCAGCUCGGCAUUAGUACUCCCUGGGCCGAUGGGGGACGAGUCGUGGACCAUUUUUGACCAAGACAUCAUGUCUCUAGCAAACCCACCAUGGCUUUUCCAUGGCUCAUUGCCCUUUUCCCAGGCCCAAAAGCCUACGAAUCAUGUUCAGGACCCACAGACAGGCAUGUCUUAUGAUCCGGGUCUUUUGUCCAACAGUGGCCCCUCGUUCUCGGCCAACUCGCAAUGGAACAAUGCACAACACCCACCCGGUGCUUUGCCAUCUACAUUGAACCGAAUAUUUGGGAAUGAGACUCCAAAUCAAGAAAGCGGGUUGAUUGGGUGA